CAGCCCGACCUGUUUAGCCUUUCCUUGGACAAGGAGUUUCCGUUCCUUUCCCUCUCUCAAACCCCUACGAAAAGCUCUCCUUUUUCCAAAACCCUGAUCGCGAACAAACAUAUCGGAAACCCUAAUUUCUUCAACCACAGCUCAGCGGAGAGAUCAAUUCUAUUCGUUUCAGCUAUGGCUGCAAAGAUUCUUGCUAACUUAAUUGUGAUGGGCUCUGGUAUGUUAGCAAGGGCUUUCGUUCAGGCUUACCGCCAAGCACUUGCAAAUGCCUCAAAAUCUGGCGUUGCCCAAGAAACAUUACAAAACACUGUCCGUAGAGCAAGCAAAGGAAUGACAGAGCAAGAAGCCAGGCAGAUUCUUGGUGUCUCCGAGCAAACCGCUUGGGAGGAGAUUUUGAAGAAAUAUGACACAUUGUUUGAGAGGAAUGCCAAGAAUGGGAGCUUUUAUGUUCAGUCGAAAGUUCACAGGGCUAAGGAAUGUUUAGAGGCUGUGUAUGGAGACAAAGGACAGGGCCCUAGUUGAUAACUCGGAGCCCCGGCGGUUGUCAAAGUUGGCAUAUAGUGUACCUUGCUCCCUUAUUGUGUAAUUAAUAUUCUUGUCUUGUGGAAGAGCCUGAAUGAGAGAAAUUGUAUACAUGGCGUUUAUUUCGUCUCCGUUAUAGUUCAAAUGCUUGUGCGUCAAGUCAA